AGAGAGAGAGAGAGAGAGAGAGAGAGAGAGACUGCUCUUGCCUGGAAGGGAAGGGUGGGGGGAAGGUGGCGCGACGGCAGCUCGAGGAGCCAAAAUCAAAAGCAAAAAGCUUGUCCUUUGCCACUCUCCAAGAGAUCACAUCACCAACCUCACCUCCUCGGCAGCUCAACCCAUGACUGUCUUCUUCCAUGUUUUUAUAAGCAGAGCCUCUUCCUCUCCCUCCCUCCCAAUUACAAAUCUCCUAAACCCCAUUUCUUGUCAGGUCCAGCAAUGGCCCAUUCCGCUGUCUCUCAGGUUGUUGUUUCCGUUCCUGUGAGCGGCGACUCGUCGGCCCUCACGAAAUCCGUGUUCAAGGCACAAAGUAUCAGUUUCCGAGUCACAUCAUGGGCCCCUUUCUCGACUCUGAGCUCGAAAAGAACAAGCAAAAAUUUGAGAGAUCAGUGCGUAGUAUGCAUGUCAGUGCAACAGGCAAGCAUGCCCAAGGUCGCUGUUACUCCAUUGGAACUUGAGGAUCCAAAAGAGCCCCCACUCAAUCUUUACAAGCCGAAGGAGCCGUAUACAGCAACAAUUGUUUCUGUGGAGAGGCUCGUGGGCCCCAAAGCUCCUGGAGAAGUGUGUCACAUUGUGAUCGAUCAUGGUGGCAAUGUUCCCUAUUGGGAAGGGCAGAGUUAUGGUGUUAUUCCCCCCGGUGAAAACCCAAAGAAACCUGGGACACCUCAGAAUGUUCGGCUCUACUCGAUUGCCUCCACUCGGUAUGGAGACUCUUUUGAUGGCCGAACGGCCAGCCUUUGUGUCCGUCGUGCUCUUUAUUAUGACCCUGAGACAGGAAAGGAAGAUCCCUCCAAGAAAGGUGUUUGCAGCAACUUUCUUUGUGACGCAAAGCCCGGUGAUAAGGUGCAGAUUACAGGUCCAUCGGGCAAAAUUAUGCUAUUGCCCGAGGACGACCCGAAUGCAACCCACAUAAUGAUUGCUACCGGGACUGGAGUUGCUCCUUUCAGGGGCUAUCUGCGGCGAAUGUUCAUGGAGUCAGUUCCGACCUACAAGUUUCGUGGGCUCGCCUGGCUCUUCCUUGGGGUUGCCAACUCUGAUAGCCUACUAUAUGACAAGGAGUUCAAAAAAUAUCUUAAGGACUACCCCGACCAUUUCAGGUACGACACGGCGCUGAGCAGAGAGCACAAGAACAAGAGUGGCCGGAAGAUGUACGUGCAGGACAAGAUCGAGGAGUACAGCGACAAGAUCUUCAGGCUCCUCGAUAAUGGGGCGCAUAUAUAUUUUUGUGGGCUCAGGGGGAUGAUGCCCGGAAUCCAGGAUACGCUGAGGAAGGUCGCAGAGCAGAGAGGGGAGAGCUGGGAUGAAAAGCUCUCGCAGCUCAAGAAGAACAAGCAGUGGCAUGUUGAGGUCUACUAGUUGGAUCUGUGCUAUCGGAUGUUUAAGCUUAUUGAGCUGCUGCGGGAUUGCUUGGCAUUGAUUUUGGGGAGAGCGAAUCCAUUAUUUGUACCAUUGAAAGAUUCUAAGGUGAAGUUAUUAGCAUUAUCACCCUGCAAGCAGAGCAAGUCUUGCAUUUGAUUUAAACUGGUGUUACUAUCAUUUUGUAGGAUUAUUAUGUCCAAAGAAAAUAAGAGGAUCUACUUGUCUUUCCCUGCCUCAUGAAAGUGAAAUUACCAUUCCAAUUCAUGGAAAUCUGUUAGGAAAUGGAACAAUCCUGUGCUGAGUAGGCACUUUUAAGUUCUGGGAAAUGCAAGGUUAUGAUGGUAAUUUCAUAUUCC